AUGGCCUCGCCCUUGGAACCAUCGACAGUUGCCAUACUCCUACAUUAUAUAAUCCCUUCUAUCCAAACAAUUCCCCCUCAUCUGCUCGCCAAAGCACUCGCUUUCCGCCAUUCAUGCCUUGACUUGACGGCCCAGGAUGGCCCGCCAUAUCUUGCAUGGCCCUCCGAUGAUGAUAAACGUGUAGCAGAAGCAUUGAUUGCUCUACAAUCCACACGCUUGGACAACCGUUGCAGUUUCAACAUUCGUUACACUGCUGACGACGCUCAACUUGCUCACGUCGAAGUCUCCCCCACCCUACGUCUGGUAUUCAGGCAUGAGGGUGACUGGAAGUUCAACAACGUUGCACUGAUGCCCUUUCCGGGCGGGGCCUUCGAUUCUCCAGUCGAGCUGAGAGUUUUGGAAGAGACAGAGGACACGCCCGAUUCAUACUGGGAUUCAUACGGAGAAGAAGCCGAAGAAAGACGUGAAACUUUUCAGGAGGAGCAGGGCGAGUCGGAUUACUGGGCACAGUAUGACCGCUAUGGAGGGACUGCUGAUUCUCUCAUCCCAUCACCCGCUCCAGAAAAGGAGGUUCCUAUCGCAUUUUCGUAUGCAGAAAUGCACCCAGCUACCGAUCCAAUAACCGAGUCUCUGUCGGAUCGAUUGGAGAUAGUUUUGGCUGGACGUGUUGAUGAGGAAGACUCAGCGACCGUCGUCAGUAGCGAAAAUGACGGUUUGAAGGAAACGAUCCGUGGGGUUUGGAGAUUGUGGAGGGCAAGUCGUACAAGUACACCUGUGGAAUUAGAUCAGGAACUGUUUCGUAGGGUUAUAGACGAAAUAUUUGUCGAGGAGUGA